UGGCGGGCCGCCCGGGAAGCGUUCCGGCCACCCACCGUGCAGGGACCUUCGGCCUCCGGCGGAGAGCGCAGCGCCGCCGCGCACACCUGGCACCAUGACCCCGACGCCGGCUUUCGACAAGCCCAAAGUGGAACUGCAUGUCCACCUGGAUGGAGCCAUCAGGCCCGAGACCAUCUUAUACUAUGGCAGGAAGAGGGGGAUCCCCCUCCCAGCCGACACAGCAGAGGGGCUGAAGAACGCCAUCGGCAUGGAUGAGCCGCUCAGCCUCCCAGGCUUCCUGGCCAAGUUUGACAGCUACAUGCCAGCCAUUGCGGGUUCCCGGGAGGCUAUCAAAAGGAUUGCCUAUGAGUUUGUCGAGAUGAAGGCCAAGGAGGGCGUGGUCUAUGUGGAGGUGCGCUACAGUCCACACCUGCUGGCCAACUCUAAAGUGGAGCCGAUCCCCUGGAACCAGGCCGAAGGGGAUGUCACCCCAGACGAGGUGGUGGCCCUAGUGAGCCAGGGCCUGCAGGAGGGAGAGCGAGACUUUGGGGUGAAGGUGCGCUCCAUCCUGUGCUGCAUGCGCCACCAGCCCAACUGGUCCUCCGAGGUGGUGGAGCUGUGUAAGAAGUACCAGCAGCAGACUGUGGUAGCCGUGGACCUGGCUGGAGAUGAGACCAUCGAAGGAAGCAGCCUCUUCCCGGGACAUGUGAAAGCCUAUGAGGAAGCUGUCAAGAGUGGCAUCCACCGCACAGUCCACGCCGGGGAGGCGGGCUCAGCGGAGGUGGUGAGAGAGGCUGUGGAUAUACUCAAGACGGAGAGGGUGGGGCAUGGCUAUGAAGUUGUGGAGGACGAGGCCCUUUAUGACAAGCUGCGCCAGGAAAACAUGCACUUUGAGGUCUGCCCCUGGUCCAGCUACCUCACAGGCGCCUGGAAGCCGGGCAUGGAGCACGUGGUGGUUCGGUUCAAAAAUGACCAGGCUAACUACUCGCUCAACACAGAUGACCCGCUCAUCUUCAAGUCCACCCUGGAGACUGAUUACCAGAUGACCAAACAGGACAUGGGCUUUACCGAAGAGGAGUUCAAGAGACUGAAUAUCAAUGCAGCAAAGUCCUGUUUCCUCCCAGAAGAUGAGAAGGGGGAGCUUCUUGAGCUGCUCUAUAAAGCCUAUGGGAUGCUAUCUUCAGCCUCUGCAGGGCAGCAUCGGUGAAGACAUCACGGCCGCCUCUCUGAGCCCUCACCCUGUGGAUGGAGUCUUCACAACUCUGCGGUCAAGCAACACUCCUUCUUUUACCCCUUCCAGGAACACUAUGAUUUGCAGUCUCAGCUACUGACGUUCUUGAAGCUUGUGUGCCUGUCUCUCUCCACAUGCACAGCUCAGCAUGGCCACACUCUCUGAUUAUGUGCCCAGCUCAGGGGCAGGGCCUAGGUGAAUCUGAAACCCUCCUCCUGUGGUGACUCAUGCUGAAAAUCUGGUGCUCAAUAAAGCAGUCAAUGGCUGGUGUUGUGUA